UAACCAAACCAAUCUCUUGCCAUGGCUGUCUUGAAUCUUGAAGACCAAUUGUGCUUCUACAGAGCAUACCACCGCAACUCCACCAACGUUUUUGUCCACAUUGUGGGUGUGCCCACCAUUCUCUUCACCUCCAUUGUUCUUUUGUCCAAUAUUCCCUUACCCUUGAGCAGCUUCAGCAAGCUCGCCAGCUUCACCAACUUCAACAGCUUCAAUGCUCUCAAUGGUGAUUGUGAAUGGCUCUCCUACGCCAACCUCGGCUCCUUGCUCACUGUCUGUUUCUCUCUCUUCUACCUUCUUCUCGACAGCGUCUAUGGUUUCAUCUUCUCUGCCAUCAUCUCUUCAUUCACCAUCUCCAUCAACCACUACAUGAUCUCCCAUGGCAUUAUUGGGCUCAACAGCCAUAAUAACUUGUUAAUUCCCAUGAACGACUUGAAUAAGUUGGCUAUUCUCUUGUUUGUUCUCAGCUGGAUCAUUCAGUUCAUUGGUCAUGGAGUCUUUGAGAAAAGAGCACCAGCUUUAUUCUCCAAUUUAGUUCAGGCUUUAGUAUUGGCCCCAUUUUUUAUUUUUUUCGAGUUGAUGUUUUUUGCAGGCUUUAGAUUAGAGUUGAAGCAUAAAAUGGACAAAAGAGUCGAUAGAAUCUUGUAUCCAAACAACCAAAAGAAGGCUUAUUAACUCAUAAUUUCGAUAUAAUAACACCUGUUAUAGCACAUUUACUAACUAAUAUUCAAUUUAUAUUUUCAUUAUCUAUUUUUUAUUCUUUAUUCUUUAUUUAUUUUGUUAAUUCACAUUUAUCUAAUUAGUCCUAUGAAUCUUAUGUCUCAUGUCUUAUGUCUUAUGAAUUUAUAUACCUUUAUACUUAUAUCAAUAUCUAUAUCUAUAUCUAUCUUUUAUAUUCAUAUGUGUAUAUAUUUCUUAUAUGGUUAUCCUCUUCUAUUAAUUGAUGGCACUUCAUCGCCUUAUUCUUCUCUUCUUUUAUUCUCUGAUUAUUCGACGUAUCGUUUAUUUUCCACUUGACAUGAAUUUUCCAAAAAUUCAAUUUUUCUACCCGAA